AGGAAUUUGAUGCUGAUCUGCCGAGGAGAAAACUAGGCGAGAGAGAGUUUGUGGGCCAGAGUUUUAGGAUCAACAGCUUCUGGGUAAAAGCAAGAGGAGGAAAAGGGAGAGUUGUUGCAUGUAAUGGAAUACUCUACCAAGAGGACAGAAAUUAACCUCACAAGCUAAUAAAUCAACUCUCCGAGCUUCUGCCUUUUGAGAGAUCUAAGGAAACACUUCUAUUGAAAGGAAAGUGCUUCAGAACAUUGCAAACUUCUGAAUGAUUGGCUAAGGUCUGAAACAACAAUAUUAAACAAUUUUUUGGCGUUUGCUUCAGUUACUGUCAAACAGCUAUGGAAACAGGAAAUGAGCAGACAUACAACAUCAACUUGACAGAACUGGAUAAUCUGAGUGAUACUCCAUUUUCCGGUGAUGAAGAAAAUGGUGGAACUGAGGAAACAAAACCUGAAAUCAAUGGUAACUGGAACGCUGUAACGUCUAUUAAUGAAGCUAAGAUCAAUGCCAGAGCAAAGAGGAGACUGAGAAAAAACUCCUCUAGAGACUCUGGAAGAGGAGAUUCAGUGAGUGACAAUGGGGAAGCACUGAAGAAUGGAGUCACAGUACCAACAAGUCCAAAGGGAAAGCAUCUGGAUAGGCGAUCUCGUUCAGGAAAGGGAAGGGGUCUACCCAAGAAAGGUGGAGCAGGAGGCAAAGGUGUUUGGGGAACACCUGGGCAAGUGUAUGAUUUGGAGGAAGUAGACAUUAAAGAUCCCAACUAUGAUGAUGCUCAGCAGGAUAACUGUGUCUAUGAAACAGUAGUUCCACCUUUGGAAGAAAGAGCAUUUGAGAAAACGCUAACUCCAAUAAUCCAGGAAUAUUUUGAACAUGGGGAUACUAAUGAAGUUGCGGAGAUGCUAAAAGACCUCAAUCUUGGUGAAAUGAAAUACAGUGUACCAGUGUUGGCUGUAUCAUUGGCUCUGGAGGGAAAGGCCAGUCACAGAGAAAUGACAUCUAAACUUCUUGCUGACCUGUGUGGGACAGUAGUUGGCAAACAAGACGUUGAAAAAUCAUUUGAUAGGCUUCUCAGAGAGAUGCCAGAAUUGGUAUUGGACACUCCCAGAGCACCUCAGUUGGUGGGUCAAUUUAUUGCAAGAGCAGUCGGAGAUGGGAUUCUUUGCAAUAGUUACAUAGAUGGUUACAAAGGCACUGUGGACUGUGUCCAGGCUCGGGCUGCUCUGGAUCGAGCUACUGUAUUGCUGAGUAUGACCAAAGGUGGAAAACGUAUUGACAAUGUAUGGGGAUCAGGAGGCGGGCAGCAGUCUGUAAAACAUCUUGUUAAAGAGAUUGAUAUGCUGUUGAAAGAAUACCUUCUGUCAGGAGAUGUUUCUGAAGCAGAACGUUGUCUCCAAGAGUUAGAAGUACCACAUUUUCACCAUGAACUUGUAUAUGAAGCAGUUGUGAUGGUUUUGGAAUCAACUGGGGAAACAAACUUUCAAUUGAUGCUUAAUUUGUUGAAAUCCCUCUGGAGGUCUGCUGUCAUUACUAUGGACCAAAUGAAAAGAGGCUAUGAACGAGUUUACCAUGAAAUCCCGGACAUUAAUCUUGAUGUGCCUCAUUCAUAUUCUGUGCUUGAGCGGUUUGUAGAGGAAUGCUUUAGAGCAGGAAUAAUUUCCAAACCAAUGAGAGACCUCUGUCCUUCCAGGGGAAGGAAGCGCUUUGUAAGUGAAGGAGAUGGAGGCCGCCUGAAAGCUGAAAGCUACUGAAUGAACAAACUCUUGCAGCUGUAGAUGUUUAAGGGAAUAUAUAUGUAUAUAUUCUAUAGUAAGAGUUGCUUAGCACAGUUCAUUUAUUUUUUAAGAGAUGCACUUGUUUUGGGGAACAAAUACCCUCUGACGGUUUUAUAAACUUGUGUUCACAAGGGAAAUUCUUCAGUUUUCUUUUCUCUGGAUCUAUAGUUGGGACAGAACAAGUAACAACCUUUCUGUGGAGGUUUGCUAAAAUAAGCUACUAUUUUGGAAGUGCCAUAUGUUUGACCUAAUCAUUCCUUGUUUUGCAUUGAUGCCUGCCUGCCACUCCUUUGUUUUAAGGACAGUGCUUUUAUAGUGAAAUCACUGGUUUAUACAAAGCUUUAUAGAAUGGGUCGUUAAGCUGCUGGAACCCUAUUUUGGCUGCUGCUGGGAGAAAAAAGUUUUUUUCUUUGUUUUAAAGAAUCUAAGAAUUUAGUUUGAUCAUAAGAUGUAUUCAUCUUUUUCCAGGGGAACAAUUGAUUUGCUCUUAAAUUAAUUCAGCAAAUGGUGGCUGGAACAUCUAUUUUUUCUACAAUACUGGAAAAAUGAACAGUUCUGAUAGAAUGUAUUGCAAAAUAAACUUUCGUGAAG